GGACAUUUUGCCCGCUCGCUCGAACAGGCGUCUGGCAGGCUUGCGGGGCAGGACAAGUCCCGCGUCCAACUACUUAAGACAAGAGGCUCCACGACCCCUUCUUGUUUGUUGUCAACCCAGCCAGUUGCCCCACCAGUCAAGCACCAGCCACCAUGUCCUACGACCCAGAGAAGGCCCUCGAUGACCACAAUGGUCACAUCAACCACCAGGCCGGCAAGAACGGCGACUAUGCCGUCGAGAUCGCCCCCGCCGGCAACGAGCGUCUCGUCCAGGACGCCGUGUUCGGUGACAUGAGCGAUGGUGGUCCCAACUACCGUGCCGUCGGCCCCGUCGGCUCGUUCGUCCUCAUGACCAAGGCCAAUGUCGGUCUUGGUGUGCUUUCGAUCCCCUUCACAUUCAUGCUGGUGGGCAUGGCCCCCGGUAUUAUCCUGCUCUUCGUCUUGGCCUGCAUCGUCGUCUACUGUGCGUGCAUCAUCGGUGACUUCAAGAUGAACCACCCCGAGGUCUACGCUAUUGCCGACGCUGGCUACAUUGUCGGCGGUGUCAUUGGCCGCGAGUACUUUGGUCUCGCCUUUGUCCUGUUCAUGAUCUUCGUCGCUGCCUCGGCCAUGCUCGGCACCUCGACGGCUCUCAACGCCGUCUCGGUCCACGGCGAGCCCCUCAGGAACUACUGCACCGCCAUGUGGGUCGCCAUCGCCGCCGUCAUUGGUCUCCUCAUGGCCUCGAUCCGUACCCUCGGCAAGAUUGCCUGGCUCGGAUGGGUCGGCCUCAUCUCUAUCAUCGCCGCCAUCAUGAUCCUCACCAUUGCCGUCGGUGUCCAGGACCGCCCCUACGACGCCAUGAAGGAGUACCCCACUGGCCCUUGGCCCAAGGACCUCCGCAUCACGUACAAGGCGCCUUUCGCUGACGCCAUGUCGGCCCUCAACAACAUUCUGUUCGCCUUUGCCGCUACGCCCACCUACUUUGGCAUCAUCUCGGAGAUGCGUGACCCCCGCCUCUUCAAGCGCUCCAUGAUCGCUUCGAUGACGUUCGUCUUCAUCCUCUACGCCGUCCUCGGUGCCGUCGUCUACUACUUCUGUGGCCAGUUCGUCUCCUCGCCCGCUCUUGGCUCGGCCGGCCCUCUUCUCAAGAAAGUCUCGUACGGCAUUGCCAUCCCUGCUCUGCUCGUCACCCUCUGCAUCUACUCGCACCUUGCCGCCAAGUACUUCUUCGUCCGCAUCCUCUCGGGCUCGGUCCACCUCAGCAAGCCCUCGGCUGUCCACUGGGGUACUUGGCUCGCCUGCGUCUUUGGCUCGAUCGGCAUUGCCUACAUCAUUGCCUCGGCCAUCCCCAUCUUCUCCAACCUCAUCUCGCUCGUCGGUGCCCUCAUCGGCCCCUCGGUCUGUAUCAUCCCCUACACCAUCAUGUGGUACCACGACAACUGGAAGCUUGUUGCCCCCAGCGAGCGCACUGGCCGCGCCAGGCUCAUGCUCGCCUUCAACGUCCUCCUUGCCGUCAUUGGUGUCUUCCUCACUGUCGCCGGCACGUACGGUGCCAUCAAGACCAUCAUUGACGACAAGACGCGCGGCAAGCCCUGGUCGUGUGCCGACAACUCGCACUCGGUGCCUGUCAAGUCUUCGUAAAUUCAGCAUCAGGUGUUGUUCAUAAUCUAGGAGUGUGUGGUAUGCAAAAUCACUUGUAACCGAGAG